GGACCGCGAUGAUUUAGAAGUUCAGGAAUCCCACGUGACGUCACCGUAGGGUGAUGUAAUGCUUCUGCAAAUAGAACUCAUUGUAAUCCUCUCUCAGUACAACGUGAUUCGCUCUGCAGGACAGCCGAUUCUUCUCUACAGUUCGCUGAACCCUAGCUGGACAUGAACACAGAAAGGGACCGGCCAUAUGCCUGCAGUGCUCCUGGCUGCACACAGCGCUUUCCCACUGAAGAUCACCUGAUGAUCCACAGGCACAAGCAUGAGAUGAGCCUGAAGCUCCCGUCCAUUAAAAAGGACAGCAUCCUGUCAGACCAGACUCCUACUCCCACUCGCUUCCUGAGGAGCUGUGAGGAGGUGGGCCUGUUCAGGGAGCUGGGCUGCUGCCCUCAAACCGAGGAGGACACCAAGCAGAGGUCUGCGGACCACAGUCAGAACCAAGAACACACAAGUAACCAUAACAACAGUUCCGCCCAACAACAGGCCCCACCCUCCACUAAAGCCACCUCCAUCCUCGCCCAGGACACGACCACCACUGAGCAAUUAGGGCCUGUGUCUGGCUUACUCUCCUGUAUGCUGUACCUCCGGGCUCAACAGAGACACCCUCAACCAGCUUCCAAGCCUGACUCCGCCCAGCCAGACCCCGCCCAGCCUGACCCCACCCUUCCUGACUCCACCCUCCCCAGUUCAGCAUCAGUGAACUUGUCUCAGAUAGAGAGCCAUGGAUUGUCCCUGGGUUCCAGUUUGAUUAGCUCCACCCACCACAGCACUUGCUCCUCCCCCCAGUUUCCCUCUGUGCCCUCUGAGGCCAGGCAGAGGCUGAAGGCUGCGCUCAGACACCACUCGGGUUCCGUUACCAACGGCAACAUUAACACUAUGGGUCACAUGAUGGAGAUGACUUCACCACAGCAGGAGCAGAGGGGUCGGCAGCACCUGGCCCACACCUACCAGCAAAAUGGCCACACCCACAGCCAGAGCCUCGGCCAGAGCCACGCCCACGACCAGAGCGGGUACACUCAGCUGCAGAGCCUCGUCAACCAGCGCCACCCCGCGCUGCCCCUCCAGACCUCUCCACAGGUGUCAGCAGGUGCAGAGUCGGCGCAGGCAGGUGGGGGGCGCCGCAGGCGGGGGAGGGGGAGCGACCCGGACGAGAGGCGGCAGAAGUUUCUGGAAAGGAACCGAGCGGCUGCCUCACGCUGUAGGCAGAAGAGGAAGGUGUGGGUGACCUCACUGGAGAGGAAGGCCGAGGAGCUGGGCCACAGCAACCUGCAGCUACAGAGCGAGGUGACUCUGUUGAAGACAGAGGUCACACAGCUGAAGGAGCUGCUGCUGGCCCAUAGAGACUGUCCCGUCACCACCAGGCAGAAAGAGACUCAGAGGUACCCCAGUGCAGAGAGCAGCCCAGCAGGUAGAGCUGCCUCCUCCUGUUCCCAGCAGCAGGUGCUCCAGCACAACAGCAUCAGCACCUCCACUGCAGCAGGGGGCGACGGUGUGCACGCUCCGCCUCAUCCACACACUGCCCCGAACCCCGUGCUGUAGAGACUGCCCUCUGCCCUCUGACCUCUGACCUCCCGCUCCCGCCUGCCCUUUUCUGUGUCUCAUUUAAGGUUCUUCAUUAAAAUGGGCGGAGUCUUCUGUUACUCCCGUCCUUAUGAUUGGUCAGAUAUAGACCAGUGUGACUGAACCAUGCAGUCUGUCACACUUGCAUCACUCGUUCAGAGAAAAAAAAUACUUCUGCAAAGGAUGCACUCGUGGUUCCUCACACAAGCAUUCUCCGUGAGCCUCCUAGCUCCUUUAACGAGCGUAUAGCCAGUUGGAAGGCCUUUAAAGAUGGCGGACCUCGAUUGCUACCCGGUUGCAGUUGACGACCGAGGAGACAAGUACGGAUAAAGUAAGCGAUUGGAAAGAUUGUGUGUGUUUGUAUAUCCCUGAAGGGGAGGGGGAGUGGUUGGGUGUUGUCUUAUGUUUAAUGAUUUCCUGUAGUUUUUAUUGUUAGUUACGCCCGAAGUGGGGUUGAGCAUGUCCAUUUCCAACCCUAAUUUGAAGUGGCUGACUGUUGGCAAACUGCAGCCGCAUCACGGCACAAACUCCACUCACUGCAGAUCUGGGGAGAGUGUCAGACGGCCACGUUUCUCCUCCGAAACACAAGGUGUCACACUUCUGCUUCUUUAUACGCUGCAGUCGACAGCUCUGCUCGCACGAGGAAGACCUAUCAUAUGAGGCUUUGACAUGCAGCCCACAGGUCGACCAGCAGGGGUCGCCAGAGAGCAGUGAAACAUAAAAUGCUAACAGACUGUGGGCAGCAGCACAGGAGCUGGCAGGCACAGGCGGCACUGGCACAGACCAGAUCCGAGAGGCUCAUCCAUGCACCACAGCGUGGGGCCUUAACUGAAUGCGCCGCACAGCAACCCCAUUUGUGUCCCUUCUCACAAAAAAAGUUAAGUGAGGAGCUGCACGUUCUGGCAUACUGCAGUGAUGUGCACACACACACACACACACACACACACGGAACACAUGCACAAACACCAUGAGCAGGAAACUGGAAGCCCCCCCCCCCCCCCCAUCUCCAUCUUACUGCACAGGUCUUGUUACACACAGCAAUCUAACAGCAAUUUGCUUCUUGUAAAAUCACCUUAACUCUAUUUUACUGGAUGUGAUGUAACAGUGUUCAUUAUGACAUAAUCGGUGAGCUGAGAAUUGCACCCUUUUGAUCUUGACUGGAAACGUGUGUGCAGAAGUGCGUGUGUGUGCACAAAAAGUGCAAUGAAAGUGUAGAAAUGAGUAUAUCGAAAUGUGUCAUUUAAAAAAUGAAAUGUAAUAAUGUACAGAAUUAUCUGAUUUUUGUAAUCUUCUAUAUACAUCAUUUCUUUUGAGAGGAGAACUGCACUUAUCAUGAAUUUAAAAUGUUUUAAAUGAAUCGGUAUUGAUGCAUUUCUCUAAUGAUUCGUUGAUCAUUUGCAUUCAAUUUGUUUUGUUUUUUUGCAGAUGCUAAAUAUAACUGCAGCUUCUGUAUUCAAUAAAGCACUUCUAUAACCACAUGCUUUA